GGAGUUCAGAGGAAGGUCGUAGUUGGAAAGCUGCUCGGUCGGUGUCCGUGCUGCGAGUUUCCCGGGAUCCCAAAAAGGUGACUUUAGUAGCAGAACAGCAGAGGACACCAGGCAGAAGCCCAAACCUCCAACUUCAGCUGUCUGCGGGAAAAACAAACAUCCCAGGAGCUGAGCGUUAGAAUCCCGGAGGACGCUCCCACUUUGGAAUAUUGUUUUCUUCGACCUCCGAACCCAUCAGAUGGACGCGGAUUGCCGCCUAAGUUCCUGUGAAAAAUGAGCGUUUUUACACCUAAACCUGCUACCAGAACCCGAAUUCACGUUAUUUAGGGGCCUGCAGUGGUUUCCACCGAGAAACUUCACCUUCAUCACAAACUUCCUCCCGCUAAAUUAGGGAGGGUGACUUCAGAGGAACUUUUACAUUUUCCCUGUUUCUUUGGCUUUUUUAAAUAUUGACUCCGAAUGAAGAUUUUCAGACUAGAAUUUCUUCAAUGCUUAACGAGGGAAGCACAAAUCCAGUCAAAAUGAAGAGGCUGCCCGCACAAACGGUGUUUUUGAUCUUCUGCACCUGCAUCGUUUGCCAUUGUGGACUAAUAAACGGGGAAAUCUGCUCAAGUAUACACAUCCGGAACGACGUGACCAACUUCCAGUUGUUGGAGAACUGCACAGUCAUUGAGGGCCACCUCAAGAUUCUGCUCAUGUUUCAGACCAGGAGUGAGGACUUCAGGGGCCUCAGCUUCCCAAAGCUGCAGGUGGUGACGGACUAUGUCCUGCUGUUUAGAGUCUACGGCCUUGAGACCCUCAGCGAUCUCUUCCCCAACCUGACUGUGAUCCGUGGCAACAAUCUGUUCUUCAACUACGGUCUUGUGAUUUUCGAGAUGCGGGACCUAAAGGAAAUGGGCCUUUACAGCCUCAUGAACAUAACCCGCGGUUCUGUGAGAAUCGAGGAGAACUCCGACCUGUGUUACCUGUCCACUUUAGACUGGUCUAAGAUCUUGGAUUCAGUAGAGGACAACUUCAUCGUGGGCAACAAAGACGAGCGAGAGUGUGGGGACCUGUGUCCUGGCACCGCCGAGGGUCGAACCAUCUGUCCCCAGACCACCAUCAACGGACAGUACAAAGCAAGAUGCUGGUCACAGAAACACUGUCAGAGAACGUGCCUGGAUAAAUGCAAGCACGGCGCGUGCAACAGCAGGGGUCAGUGCUGCCACGACCAGUGCCUGGGCAGCUGCAGGGAGCCGGGCAACGCCAGCAGCUGUGUGGCCUGCAGGAACCUCCAGCAUGGAAACACCUGCGUGGACAAAUGUCCUCCGGGAUACUUCGUCUUCAGGGGCUGGCGCUGCGUCAGCUUCUCUUUUUGCCAGGAGCUCCACGACCAGUGCUCGCUGACAAAGAAACAAAACCAGGACCGGGAGGCGAGCUGCGUUGAGUACGUCAUCCAUGAAGGGGCCUGUAUUCCAGAGUGUCCGUCCGGAUACACCACCCUGAACUCCACCAUGUUGACCUGUUUGCCUUGUGCCGGUCCAUGUCCUAAACUGUGCGUUGGAAAUAAGACGAUUGACUCGGUAACCUCUGCCCAGGCUUUAAGAGGCUGCACUGUUCUUCAUGGGAACAUGAUCAUAAAGAUAAGAGGAGGAAAUAACAUAGCGGCUGAGUUGGAGUCUAGUCUGGGGCAAAUCGAGGUGAUCACGGGUUACCUGAUGGUGCGCAGAGCCUACGCUUUGGUGUCGCUCUCCUUUCUGCGAAAACUGCGAAUCAUUAAGGGGGAACAUCUUGAGGGAGAUACAUAUGCUUUCUACGCAUUGGACAACCAGAACCUCAGAGAAUUGUGGGAUUGGUCCAAGCACAACCUGACGAUCGAGAACGGUCGGAUCUUCUUCCACUACAACUCUAAACUCUGCAUGUCUGAGAUUAGAAGGAUGGAAGAGAUAACGGGGGCCAAGGAGCGCAACCAGAAGAACGACAUCGCUGUCCGCACCAACGGAGACCAAGCCUCCUGUGAGACGAAGCUUCUGAAUUUCACUCAAAUAAAGACUUCGUUUAAGAUGAUCAUCCUGAGGUGGGAUGCGUUUUGGCCUUCGGACUUCAGAGACCUGCUGGGAUUUAUGGUUCUCUACAAAGAGGCGCCAUACAAGAACGUGACAGAGUUUGACGGACAGGAUGCCUGCGGUUCAAACAGCUGGAUGAUUGCAGACGUUGACCCCCCGCCUCGCCCUACUCCCGGCAAAGAACCAGAACAACCGCGGCACCUGAUCGGACCGCUGAAACCUUGGACGCAGUACGCCAUCAUGGUCAAAACCCAGCUCUCCGCGUCUGACGAGCAUCAGGUCCACGGAGCGAAAAGCGAGAUCAUUUACGUCCGAACAAACUCCACCAAACCUUCUGCCCCCCUGGACCCCGUGUCCUCGUCAAAGUCGUCCUCUGAGAUCAGUCUGAAAUGGAAACCUCCCACCAGUCCAAACGGCAACAUCACACACUACAAGGUCAUCUAUCGAAGGCAGCUGGAGGACAGCGACCUCUUCAAGUUUGACUACUGCCUCCAAGCAGCAAAGCUGCCGUCUAGAAUUCCAACAAACAAAGACAUUAAGGAUGAGCAGAAGUGGAACCACACAGAUGAGCCCACCUCAGGGGACAAGUGCUGCGCCUGCCCCAAGACGGACAGCCAGCUGAAGAAGGAGCAGGAAGAGAUUGAGUUUCGCAAGACCUUUGAGAACUACCUCCAUAACGAAGUCUUUGAGAGCAGACCGUCUCGCCGCCGCCGCUCGGUGGGGGUUGCGAAUGCCACCGAUCCUCCUCUGUUGAUGUCCACCAUGUCCAGCAUUGAGGCCAAUGCCACCACUGUGCUCCCUGACGAUGAAGACAGCUCUAAGGUGGAGCUAAAGGUCGUCUCAAAGGAAUCGAUUGUCAUUGGUAACCUGCACUACUUCACAAGCUACAAAAUAGAGAUCAUAGCGUGCAAUCAUCCUACAGACCCUGAAGGCUGCAGUCUGGCCAAUUUUCGCAGUGAAAGAACCAUGCCGGAGGAAAAAGCGGAUAACAUUCCGGGCCAAGUGACCCAUGAGAUCGUGAUGACCGAGCCUCCCUAUGUGUUAAUUAAGUGGAACGCUCCUCCCGCGCCCAAUGGACUCAUCAUUUUGUACGAGGUGUUCUACAGGAGGGUGGAAGAGAAGGAGGAGCAAACCCUCUGUGUGUCUCGGCCCGCCUACCUGAAAACCAACGGCACCAAACUCCCCCUCGUGCAGCCCGGAAACUACAGCGUGAGAGUCCGCGCCACUUCCCUGGCUGGAAACGGCUCUUUUACGGAAACCAUUUACUUCUUCAUGCCACAUUCCAAUCCAGGGUUGGUUUGGAUAGUGAGUGGCCCGGUCAUCUGCUUCAUUCUGCUGUUGUUUGUGGGGGCCGGCGUCUUUGUGGUCAUCAAGAAGAGGCAAAUAGAAGGACCUCUAGGGGACCUCAUCACUUCACCAAACCCAGAGUACUUCAGUGCAAAUGACAUGUACGUUCCUGACGAGUGGGAAGUUCCCCGGGAAAAGAUCACGCUGCUCAGAGAGCUGGGCCAGGGUUCCUUCGGCAUGGUGUACCAGGGAAUUGCCAAAGACAUCGUCAAAGGAGAUCCAGAGACCCGUGUUGCUGUCAAGACGGUCAACGAGUCGGCCAGCCUGCGAGAGCGGAUCGAGUUCCUCAACGAGGCCUCGGUCAUGAAGGCCUUCAGCUGUCACCACGUGGUGCGACUCCUCGGUGUCGUGUCUAAAGGUCAGCCCACCCUGGUGGUCAUGGAACUGAUGACUCAUGGGGAUUUGAAGAGCUAUCUGAGGAGUCUGAGGCCAGACUCUGAGAACAACCCAUCGGGCGCACCGCCACCGUCUCUGAAAGACAUGCUCCAGAUGGCAGCAGAAAUUGCAGACGGCAUGGCUUACCUCAACGCCAAGAAGUUUGUCCACAGAGACCUGGCAGCCAGGAACUGCAUGGUGGGAGAGGACUACACGGUCAAGAUUGGGGACUUCGGCAUGACGCGAGACAUCUACGAGACGGACUACUACCGCAAAGGAGGGAAAGGUCUGCUUCCUGUCAGGUGGAUGGCCCCGGAGUCCCUGAAGGACGGCGUCUUCACCGCUCACUCAGACUGCUGGUCCUUUGGGGUUGUGCUGUGGGAGAUCAGUACUCUUGCAGAGCAGCCUUACCAGGGGCUUUCCAAUGAGCAGGUCCUGAAGUUCGUUAUGGACGGAGGAUUCCUGGACCGGCCGGACAAUUGUCCAGAAAGGAUGCACAGCCUCAUGCAGAUGUGCUGGCAGUAUAACCCCAAGAUGCGGCCCACCUUCCUGGAGAUCAUCGACAUGCUGCGGGACGACCUGCACCCCACUUUCCAUGAGGUGUCCUUCUUCCACAGUGAGGACAACAAAGUCCCAGAGACGGAGGAGUUCGACCUGGACCUGGACAACAUGGAGAGCAUCCCUCUGGACCCAUCCUCUUACUCCCAGAGAGAGGAGAGCUUAAGCAGAGACGGCGUUCCCUCCGUGGCUCUGAGGGGGAACUACGAGGAGCACGUUCCCUACACACACAUGAACGGGGGCAAGAAAAACGGGAGAAUACUGUUGUUACCCCGAUCCAGCCCUUCCUAACAUUUGCUGCCCCUCUCUUCCUGUGUCGUUUGGAAGGAUUUUCGUGGAGGAGCCCUUCAGAAAAACAAGAAACGUAUCUCAGGACUUACUCGUUCUUUUUCUUUUGAGGCUGUCCCGAAUGGACGGGAAGGGGUGCAAAUAUUUUUUACUAUAAGCUUGCUCCCUGACUCAUCAGACUUAUGAUCUUUCACUAUCGUCAUGUUUCCAUGACUCCUGAAACACUGAGGGGUUGUUCGUGUGUUUGUGGGGUGGGGGGCUCAGUGAACACAACAAACCUUAAAAAACCAAGAAGGCUGCUCAAAAACUCCAGGACCCUCCUUUCCUGCCACAUUUGGGGGCUUUUUCUCUGGACGGUCUUUUUACUCAGAUUGUGGCCUUUUUUCUGUGUGGCCUCCAAACAAAGAGAAGUGUCUGUUUCUGUUCGCACCUCCUUCCUCUUGGAUUCUUACUUCAAUCAGUGAUUUGCAAAGGCUCAGAACAAAGAGGCCUUCCUACAGGAAGGUGUUCUUGUUUUUCCUAACUACUCGCAGAUUCAUUUGCUGUUUGACUAGUUUUAAUUUAUUGGCUGUAAACAUAUUUUCAUUUGUUUUUGUCUGUGUCCUCACUAUGACUGUGGCUGAAGGAUAUUUAAAGAGUUAAGAGUUGGACAAAAGCGUUCCUCAGACUGACCAAUAGCUGCUGCUUUGAUCAUAUAUACAUUUAUAUGUGUAUAUAUGUUCUUUCAACCAUUAUUCUAAAUAUAAUAUACUGGAUGUUCUCGUUUUUUGUAAAUAUUUGAUAUUUUUCCUCACAAGCUUUGCUACUUUUUCAGGUUUUCUGUGGUUUUUCUUUAAUUUCUUGUUCCAGAAAUCCUACCCAUCCUCCGUUAAGGUUCUUAUUCCUAGAUUUUCCAGAUUUCAGUCCUUUUCCAAUCACACCUCCAAUGUUAAAAACAACACAUUUUAGAAGAUAUUGUCGAUAUUUAGGGACAAAUCCACCACUCCUGCAGAGAUUAAAAGGAGUUAAAAAACCGUCACAUAUAGCUCUGAAUCGUGCCGGCUCCCCCACCGGGGGCUGAACUCAACGGACCGGAUGAACCCUGGUGGAAAUUUCCACCAUUUUAGUUGGAGGGGGGCUUCCAGCCGGUGAAUGGGAGACAUCGGCAGACAUUUGGAUUGUUGAGCCUCUCAGUUAAGCAGUAAAGGUCUGCUGGGCUGUGGAUAUUUCACUCAGCAGUGACAUUCCAGGGUUCAGUUUAGCCCGCCCGCCUGCAGAGUUUGUGUCAUCCCCAAAUCCUUCAGUCGUGUUUUUUUUUUUUAUUAUCACAGUUUGGUCAUUAUUUAUUUGUUGGUUGAGCUAAAAUCCUGCAGAAGAAAACCAGUCGUCAGUUUAAAAAGGUUGAUAUUUUUGGCCCUCGGAGGCCGCCAUAAGGUCAUACUUCAGCAGGAGCGGGAUUUCUGAAGGUGUGGGUGUUCAGGCCAUCCCAACUGCAUCAUCGUGGCGGUUUUCCUGGGCGUCUGCUAGCACAGGUUGAGGCAGAGCAGCUGUCGUGGCAUUGAACCAGUGCCUUCCAAAGCCAGAACCUCUUCCAGGCUGCUUCUUGUGGCGAUCCCACACACAGACGGCCUUCAUCUCUGUUCCUGAGCUGCAGCCUUUUUCUCUCAGAAACAGGAGUUGUAGGUUUCAGCCCCUUAAUGCGGAGUUGACAUGUAGGGCUUCUGUAUUUUGUAAAAUACUUGUGAAAACAGAUGAAAAAGAGAAAAAAACCUGUCGUCCUUCAGUUGUGGACAACAAAAACCAUGUUGCUUGCUGCCAUGAGAACACAUCUCCUGCCAUCAUCCGCUCUGCUGCUCACAUCCAUAUGCAAUUCCGGUGGUGCCCAUUUCUGUGCACCACCCGCUAUUUAUUAUUGAAUCCGAUUACUGUUGUCACUUCGGGGUUGACGGGGACGGAGAGGCGGACCUGUCCUGGUGGAGGAAGCGUUAAGCAGCAGCUUUAGUCAUUUGUUUGGUUUGCUUCCUUGUCGUUGGUUAAUCAUUCUUCUCCUCUUCGUGUUUGGCCGAAGUCUACCUCAGUGCUUUGGGAAAAAUCCGUUCAAAGAGCCUCUUCAUCCACUACUCACUUACCAGAACAGUCCGUGUGUCUUUGUGUUUCGGGGAAGCAUCUGUCAUAUGUGAAUAUUUUUGUUUUUGCAACAGCUUAGAUUUUGGCCAUUUUUAUUUUUUGUAUUGCACAUCUAGAUUUUGUAGCUGGUUUGUAAACACAGGUGUUGAAGUCUAUUAUCUUAUAUUUCAGUUGUAGCACCUUUUUAAAAGUCAAACUAUCAGGCACUGAAUCUGCUGUUUUUUGUUUUCUCUGUAGUGUGUGUGCGCGUGUGUGUGUGUGUGUGUGCGUGCGCAUACAUGUUGGUUAUUUUGGCGCCGCGUACCUCCAGUCUCUGAGGCGUUUGUAUGCAUCCAAAGCUAACUCUGUGCAGCGGUUUAUCACGCCUGCAGCAGAGUUCAGGCUGAACAGAAGGCCUACAUUCAGUUUGUCGGUUCAAAUCCCACACUGUCUGUGUGUAUAGAUAUUUUUUUCUACUGUGAAUAUCCAGAGAUGACUUUUAAUUUUGUUGUCAACGCCAUGGAUCAAGCAUUUUGCGGCUUACCGGGGCACACGCUUGUAAAAAUGUUUAUAUUAGAGGGGGCCUAACACCCCCACCCUCUGUAAUGGAGAAAAGCCGGACUGGGACAAUCCUGUGUGCCAUUAAAAACUAUCAACUGACAUCGAAUCAAGAUUGUACAAUUUCGUCUCAGGGAGGCGGCCGGAUGUUUUGUGGGCGGAGGAUGAAGAGGAUGAGGAGGAAGAAAAAGCUACCUUCUCCGACUGAAACCCAAGUUUUCAGCACCUUUGCAAAACCCAAGCCCAACAAAUUCUCCCUGUUCUGGAUAAUCAGGGCUCCUCUGCUGUGGUUCUGACUGCCCUCUAGUGGCUGGAUUGGGACCAUUGCAGGUCAGGGGUGGCAAAGCAUGACCCACAGUGCCUUGCUCAGACUACAAGGGCCGCCUGACCCCCCCACCCCACCCCACCCAGUCCUGAACUGCCUCCUGACUGGCAUGUGUCCACCAAUCACAGAAGAGGACUUUCCACACCCCAAAAAAGAGAAGUUUUUAUUUAAAUGCGGAGAUGAUUCUGGAUUACAAGACUGAUGACUUUAACCAAAAAUGAGAAAAAACUGUUAAACUGGUGUCUGUACUCUGCUGAGCUCUAGUUUGCUUUGUGCAUGGAACAUGAAAUAUCUCUAAGCUUGAUCAUUUGAUGCUCUCUGUCUUUGCCUCUCAUCAGCGACUCCCCAAAGCACUUAACAAUAAUAAGAACAAUAACAAUAAAGAAAAAAAGCAUAAAUGUGGCAUUUCAAUGUUUGGAAUGCAUUCAUUUCCUGUCAUAAACUGAUUCAUAACUGUAAAUACCAGUCUGCCCUGAAAUUGUAAUGGUACUUGAUUUUAGGGAAUUUUUGUUUCUUUGGUUGAACAGAGCAUGCUCAGAACGCAGCGCAGGCUGAGAACAAAGCAUUUUAUGUAUUAUUGUGUUUUAAAGAAAAAAGUAUUACCAUUUAGAGAUGUUGAUUUUUUUUUUCCAAAACCUAAUAGGGAAGACAAAUACAAUUACUUUUUCUGACUGUAAAGUUUUAGUACUCUUGUACAUUUUGAAUUUAAUGUUGAUAUCAAUGUGUAUAUAACUUUUUUUCUAAAUCUAUAAGAUUGGAUAUUUUCUUUCCUUCCAUCAUGACAGCCCACCACACAGUGGAUUCAGCAGCACAACUUUUGUCUGAGCCGAUAGGAAACCUUCAGUGUAGCGUGAACCCUGCAUGUUUCAGCCGUGCGUUGGGAGCGCCCCCCCGCCCCGCCCCGCCCCGCCGCAGAGCCUGUCAUGUCAGAUGAAUCACCUUCCAUCUCCUGAAAUGAUUCCUUCAAACUGGGACAGACCACUGCACAUCUCUGUUAGGAGACACAAGUAUUAAAAUCCAUUUAGAAUUUUGACUAAAUCUAUAUCUCAGAAUAGUGCAACAUUUGGAAAAAUUCUAUUUUUACAUGAGGGCUAAAGAGAUGAAAACAUUCAUUUAGAAAAAAAAUAGGGUUAAGAAAAAUGUCUACACAAAACUAUCUUCUUCAGUGUUUUACUCCAUACUCAAUGCUGACACCUAGUGUUGAAGUUGGAGAUUACCACCAACCAGACGCCUUUUCUCAUGAUGCAAACUUGAAACCCUCUCUUCAUCUCUACUAUGACCUGCAUCAGGUUGGGAUGUAGCUACACCAACUGGCUGCAGACUUGAAAUUAGUCAGAGCCUCCGAGCUGUCCACUUUAAGGUCUUUUUGAAAUGGGAUUCCUCCUGAAUUAGCUUCUCAACUCUGGACAAAACCAUUCCAAAUCCUAAAUUUGAGCCUGGUGUCAUUAAUAUGAUGAACUGUAAACUCAGUGGUCUGUUCCAGUUUUUUUACCGUCUCUUUCCCUGCCUCUUGCUUCCUCUGCCAUUCAGAGUACAGUCUUUCUUCGUCCAUCCUCUUCCUCUUUAAGUCUCCUCAGUGCACAUAGAUGGUCCCCAGAGUGCUGUGUCUAGUCUUGCAGGAUACCUCUUUAUUAUUAUUAUUGCCAAUGAAUAUGCUGUUGUGUUCAUUUUUGGGAUGUGUCGCGUGCAUACAUUGCAAAGAGAUUGUGUGUUUGUACUGUUCACACCCUAAAUCUGCAAACCCACAAAGAUCACUUCACAUCCCCUCGGACCCCCCCCAGCCCCCACACUGGAUCCAACUAUGCCAUUAUCUCUGUGUAACACGGAUACUGAACUUAACGCUCACACACAAACCCAAAUGCAUUUUGUACAGGAUCAAAAAUGUGCCAUGACUAAAAGAACGCUUGAUGAUUUAUUUUUUCUAUGUUUUUAACGGAGAGCCAAGUAGUAACAUUUAAAGAAAAAAAGUUGCAAUGGAAAUAAAAAAAUCUUGCUGUGUGUAAAUUAUUCAAAAAUAAACUGUUUAUAUUAAAAUUAUUGGAGAAUA